UAAAUAUAUUAAUUUCAAUCAGUAAUUGACUAAUAUAUCAUCAAAAACAGAUUCAAUUAGUCGAUGGUUUUGUUUUUCAAAUGAAUCUCUGAUGAUGAUGAUGUCGCACGUUAUUUGGUUGUUUCUUGCAUUGAGAGAAAGAAGCUAAUUUAAGGUAGUUUUUGGGAGGGUUGAGCGCACAUGCAUUGCAUAUGAUCCAACUGCCGCCCGGGCCGACGUUUUAUAUUUUAUAAUAAUUCUUCCCCAAAUUUAUGCAGAAAAAUCUAUCUGUAAUGUGAUGUGAUGUAAUGAAUGAGCAGAAAGCAGCUCACUGAAUAACAAGUUGACAUUUUCUGAACAACACCUACAACUUUGACUUCUAUGCAAGUUAGUUUCUUGUUAUAUAAUAUAAUUUUAUAGUUCAUUAAUCCCCACCAUGCACAACACAUAUAUAAAUUAGUAUUCCUUCUCUAGAGCUAACUGCAAACCAGCAAGCAAAAUCUGGGUAUUUUCUUCCCAAUGGAUCUUGAAAUGAACUUCACUCUUUCUUUCUUUUUCUUGGCCUUGAUUCCAAUGGCUGUUGCUGCAUUCCUGACACGUUUCAAGGGGAAUGAGAGCAGAAGCAAGAAGAAGCUACCACCUGGAGAAAUGGGGCUUCCCUGGAUAGGCGAAACAAUAGAUUUCUACAAGGCCCAGAAGAAGAACAAGUUGUUUGAGGAGUUUGUUCAACCGAGGAUACACAAGUACGGCAAAACGUUCAAAACAAGGAUCAUGGGGUCACCGACGGUGUUGGUGAAUGGAGCAGAGGCAAACAAGUUUUUUCUGUCCAAUGAAUUCAAGCUGGUUGUGAGCUCAUGGCCUUCGUCAUCGGUUCAGCUGAUGGGCAAGAAUUCCAUCAUGGAGAAACAGGGCGAAGCUCACCGGUUCAUUCGGGGGAUUGUAGCCUCUAGCCUGGGGUGUUUAGGCCUGGAGACAAUGGUGCCUAAAAUAUGCAAAACUGUUCAGAUGCAUCUACACAAUAACUGGAAGGGGAAACAGAUAAUCAGCCUCUUUCACCUCACAAAAAUGUUGACUUUCAACAUCGUGUUCGAAUGCUUGUUAGGCAUUGAUGUGAAACCAGGGCUUUUAGACACAUUCGAGAGAGUCCUGGAAGGCGUGUUUGCUCCCCCACUCGCGUUUCCUGGCUCCAAGUUCUCAAGGGCCAAAGGAGCAAGAUUAGAGAUAGAGAAGAUGCUGAUCAAUGUCGUGAGAAAAAAGAAGGAAGAGAUUGACCUUCAUGGAGAAGAAGAAGAGACACUACUUUCCAGAUUAGUAACAGCUAUGAUAAACGGGGAGAUAAGCGAGGAGGAGGUGGUUGACAACAUAGUUCUGCUAGUUUUUGCAGCACACGAUACUACUACUUUUGCUAUAGCCAUGACAUUCAGAAUGUUGGCUCAACAUCCAAACUCCUAUUCUCUUCUCCUUCAAGAACAUGAAACUAUCUUAAGCAAUAAAACACCAGGCGAUGAACUCUUAUCAUUGGAAGACACAAAGAAUAUGAAAUAUACCUGGCAGGUUGCUCGCGAAAGCAUGAGGCUGUUCCCUCCAAUAUUUGGCUCUUUCAGAAAGGCAACUGCAGAUAUUGAAUAUGACGGGUUUACCAUUCCUAGAGGCUGGAAGGUACUAUGGACUACAUAUGGAACACAUUACGAUGCAGACCACUUUCAAGACCCUCUGAAGUUUGAUCCAAGUAGGUUUGAGGAGCCAAUUCAAGUUCAACCUUAUGCAUAUAUACCAUUCGGGGGAGGGCCAAGGUUGUGUGCAGGCUACCAACUGGCAAAGCUAAAUAUACUAAUUUUUGUGCAUUAUGUGGUAACCCAAUACAACUGGUCAUUGAUAAAUCCCGAUGAGCCUAUUACCAUGGAUCCCCUUCCAUUCCCUUCCCAAGGAAUGAAUAUCAAAAUUUCCCCCAAAUUGAUAUAAAUCAUGAAUUUUGCAUGUUACAGUGAGAUUGUUAAUCUGAUUUCUGUGUAUAAUAGCAUUUAUUACAUCACAUUUAAUACAAUGCAUUUACUUU